UUUGCAAGCCAGCGAACUUAAUUAGCGGAAGUACGAAUCGCACUUCCGCUAGCUGCUCCGAUGUCGUGAAGUGUUCAUCAAUUCACUCCGGAGAAGGGGGAGUCGAAAUGUCAGGUGCCGGAGGAGGAAAACGUCCCUCCGGGGGGGACAGUCCCCCUGGCCCACCUGAGAAGAAAAGCAAAAAGGAGGAGAAGACAACCACCACUCUCAUUGAGCCCAUUCGCAUAGCAGGAGUCUCGUCUACGGAGGAAAUGGACAUGAAAGUGAUCCAGUUUAAGAAUAAAAAGCUGAGUGAGCGCUUGGAGCAGCGACAAGCGAUGGAGGACGAGUUACGAGAGAAAAUAGAGAAGCUUGAAAAGAGGCAAGCGACUGAUGACACCACCCUGUUGAUUGUAAAUCGUUACUGGUCUGAGCUGGAAGAAAGGGUCCGUAUUCUGCGUAAAUGUAUUGAACCAGAGGCCCCAGUCCCAUCAACACCAGUUCCCCCACCUGCUCCACUUCCUGAUCCUGUACCCAUGGAGACAGACGCUGUCGGUAUCGCCUCACCACCCUCCGGUGUGCCGCCACCUCCACUUCCUGAGGCACAGAAUGACAGAAAACCACCAGAGCAUCAGCAGCAAGAUGAAGUAACAAAAGAGAGGCAUUCGGAGGCUCCUCAGCAGCCUCCACCACCUGACGGAUCGGACCAAUUAAACCCCACCGAGCCCCAACGGCAAGCAACCACAGAAGCAUUGCCGCCACCACCUCCCCCCCUGAGCGACUGCGCCAAAGGGUUCUUAGCCACGCUGGAGUACAGCAACGAAGAGGAGGUCAUGCUGCAUCUCCAGGAUCGCAUGCUGUUCAGCAAGGACGCCAUCGCCUGCCUCGUGUGCGUCUUUGACAGGCUGCACAGCUGCAUUGACGACAUGUGCAAGCAGAUCCAAGCUGCGGCGUGCGAGGACGAGAGCCUGGCCAGCGUGGGCGCCAUGAACCGUACCCUGCUGGACGAGAACCGUAGACUGCGAGAUCAAGCCACCCUGCUGCAAGGCCGACAUCACAAAACAUCCAUGGAGUACAACGAAUUGGUGGAUAAGAUGACCAGUGCAGAAACCAAGGUGUCGGAAAUGGAGACCACUGUGGAGGACCUACAGUGGGACAUUGAGAAACUCAGAAACAGGGAACAAAAGCUCAACAAGCACUUGGCGGAAGCCAUGGAGCAGCUGAAGUCUGGCUACAGUAGCACCGGCAGCUCAGCCGGACUUGCCGGAGGCCAAAUAACAUUAACCAUUCAAAAGUUUGAGAGUCUUAACACGGAGCUGGAGCACAUCCAGGAGUUAGCCAAUAGCCGCAUGGCAGAGUUGGAGAAGCUGCAGGUGGAGCUUCAAGAGGCCGUGAGGGAGAGUGAGAAGCUCAAGAUGGAUUUGCGUAAUAUUCCGGAGGAAGUUGUGAAGGAGACGGUGGAGUACAAGUGUCUGCAGUCCCAGUUCUCGCUGCUCUACAACGAGUCCCUGGGAGUGAAAACCCAGCUGGAUGAGGCUCGGGCCCUCCUGCUUACAGCCAAGAACGCCCACCUCAGACAGAUUGAGCACAUGGAGAGUGACGAGCUGUCCCUCCAGAAGAAGCUACGCACCGAAGUCAUCCAGCUGGAGGACACGCUGGCCCAAGUGCGCAAAGAAUACGAGAUGUUGCGCAUCGAGUUUGAGCAAAAUCUUGCCGCCAAUGAGCAAGCAGGACCAAUCAACAGGGAGAUGCGACACUUAAUCAGCAGCCUUCAGAACCACAACCUGCAGCUGAAAGGGGACGUGCAGCGCUUCAAGAGGAAGCUGCGCGAAACCCAGAUUGAAAUCAACAAGCUACGCUGCCUGAGCAGUGACGCCGGCGUUCUGGCCCUGGAGGAGUCGAGCAGCGACGCCGCGGACGUGAAGAAGGAGGAAGACGACGACCAAGAGGAGGAAGAGGAGAGGAGGAAGGAGCUUGAGAGGCAGCGGGCCCGUGAGAGGGAGCGGGAGGCCGAGCGCGAACGGGAGCGGGAACGCGAGCGCGAGAGGCAGCGCAGCGACGAGUUAAAGCGGAAAGACUCGGACACCUUGAAGAUGCUUAGAGUCGAGCUCAAGAAAGCUCAGGAGUCACAAAAGGAGAUGAAGCUCCUGUUGGACAUGCAUAAAUCAGCUCCAAAGGAGCAGAGAGACAAAGUGCAGCUCAUGGCAGCUGAACGCAAGUCCAAAGCAGAGGUGGACGAGUUGCGGAUCCGGGUGCGUGAGCUGGAGGAGCGCGAGAAGAAGGAGAGCAAGAAGCUGGCCGACGAAGACGCCCUCAGGAAGAUCCGAGUGGCGGAAGACACCAUCGAGCAUCUGCAGAAGAAGCUGGCCGCCACCAAACAGGAGGAGGAAGCGCUGCUGAGCGAGAUGGACGUGACGGGCCAGGCCUUCGAGGACAUGCAGGAGCAGAACAGCCGGCUCUUGCAGCAACUGCGCGAGAAGGACGACGCCAACUUCAAGCUGAUGAGCGAGCGCAUCAAAUCCAACCAGAUCUACAAGCUACUCAAGGAGGAAAAAGAAGAGCUGGCCGACCAGGUCCUCACCUUCAAGACGCAGGUGGAUGCUCAGUUGCUGGUGGUGCAGAAACUGGAGGAAAAAGAGGGAGUUCUUCAAAGCACGCUGGCCACCCUGGAAAAAGAGCUGUCGCUCAGGACUCAAGCGCUGGAACUCAACAAGAGGAAGGCGGUGGAGGCCGCACAGCUGGCGGAGGACCAGAAGGUGCAGCUGGAGCACACGCAGGCCAAGCUGAAGGAGAUCCAGGUCGCCGUCGCCGAGAACCGCACGGCCCGCGAAAGAGAGAGCAGCAACCUCAAGCGAGCGCAGGAGGAUCUCUCAAGGCUGAGGCGGAAGCUGGAGAAACAGAAGAAGGUGGAGGUGUACUCCGACGCUGAUGAGAUCCUGCAGGAGGAAAUCAACCAGUACAAGGCAAAGUUGCGCUGCCCGUGCUGCAACACGCGGGACAAAGACACGGUGCUCACCAAGUGUUUCCACGUCUUCUGCUACGAAUGUCUGAAAAUGCGCUACGACACACGCCAGCGUAAGUGCCCCAAGUGCAACUGCGCCUUCGGGGCCAACGACUUUCACCGCAUCUACAUCACCUAAAAAAAACGGACAUCCAAACGGACAAGCUUGUCUCUCCCUUUGGAUGUCCACUUCAAGGCGUGGUUGCCACCUGGGGACAAAUGUAAACGGACGGAUGGACGGCUAGCGACCGCGUGUUGUCUUUGUGGAAUAAACAGCUGUUAGUCAACUUGG